GGCAUACACCAACAAGCGCCGAGCCACAUGAUGCAGUAAUCGUGAUGACUGCCGGUUUCGGCGUCUCGCAGGACACGUCCAGUGUCUGGGAUUCUAGGCCGCGCUUAUGCGAGAUCCUCGGUUGGCGAUGGCCUUGUAAUAUUGAUUGGAGACACACGCAAAAAGAAGCAUCUAUUACCUCGAACCUAUUUGCUCAUUUCAAUAACACAUUGCCCUGUCAUCUGAAUAUUGGAUAUCCAGGUCUCAAAGCAGAGCGUCACGAAGAUGCCGAAAUCGACUCGGAAGAAUGGCCAUGAAGGCAUGGUCCUCACUCUCGAGGACAAAGGGACGAAGCGAGGGCGUUCAUCCAUAGCGUGCCUGACUUGCCGGAUGAGAAAAGUCCGAUGCGACGUGAUGAGCGGCGCACCUUGCUCGAAUUGCAAACUAGAUGUCAUUAAAUGCGUCGUCCGACGAGACCGAAGGAAUCGCAAGCACUUUGCCUCGUUGCUGCCGGUCCGUGUAUCAGAUAUUCAUCUACAGGACUAUGAUAGAGACUCUGAGAAGAGCGAGCGGCCGUGGCAUCGCAUCCUUGAUACUGGCCCGGUCGUCGCAUCGCCCAACACUAUUAUUGCCGACCCAGUCAGCAAUCCAUCCGCGUGUCAGCCGAAUGGCAACAGCUCUCGAUUGCUCCUGAACGCAGACGGCGAUUUCACGGCUGCUCGUACACCACCACAAGCCCAUGAUGUUGCUAACCGACCCCAACGUGCGAUUUGCGGGCGCAUCGAUAUCGAGCAGCAGGAGAAGCGGUCAUGGGAGCGUCUCCCACACUUCAUCGAGCCAAUUUCCGAUACAACAUUAAGUGCCGGUCAUAUCAUCUUCCUAGAAACACAAGAUGUGUUCAAUUUGCCCAACUGGUCUGUGCAAACGGCAUUGAUUGAAGCAUAUGCCGAGUAUGCCUAUCCUUACAUGCCCUUGAUCCAAGUUCAUGAGUUCUUGGGCGGUGUCGAAGACGCAUCUAUCGGCGGCUCGAAGAGGUACAGUCUCCUUCUCUACUUUGCCUUGCUCUUUGCGGGGGCCGCUUUCGUGGAUCAUAGCCGCCUGGACAUGAACUCGACGGGCUUCUGCAGUAGAAAGGCAGCCAGGAGGGAGCUUUCCAGGAGAGCAACGCUCCUGCAUGAUCUAGGCUUCGAGAAAAAUUGCGUUGUCCUGACGCAGACCGCACUUCUCAUGUCUUCGUGGUCCGACAUUGCCCAGGAUAACAAGGACAGCUGGUAUUGGAUGGGCCUCGCUAUUUCGAAUGCUUUCGCAAGUGGUCUCAACACCAGACAAGUCCAUCAAAGCGUUACACAGACCGAGCGCAAACUACGAAAACGCAUUUGGUGGUCAUGCUACAUGCGCGAUCGGUUCCUCGCCAUGGGCCUCCAUCGCCCAGCUCGAAUAAAGGAUGAAAAUGUCAGCAUACCAGGGCUAGAAAUCUCUGACUUUGAGCUCGCUACAUUAUGUCGCGAUAACACAAUCAUCAAAUCCCACAAGUCUGUGUUAUACCGACUUGACAAGCAGGUUGAGCUUGCCGAGAUAUGUGUCCAUAGAUCGAGGCUCUCCUCGCUCAUCGAAAGUAUUCUCACCACGCAAGCCGCCUGCGAUGAUCUUGAGAGACUGGGUGGAGAGCCGGAGACGGUACCUUCGAGUCCCAGCAUCGACGACGUGUUUGCUCACUCCGCCGCCUGUCUCGAGCUCUGGAGCGCCAGCAUCCCGACAUCGUGCGAGUACAGACCAGAUAAAGACGACGACGUGACGCCAAGCUUGGUGCUGCACCAGAGCCAUCUUCAGAUGACCUUUCACACACUCAUGUAUACUUUACACAGGCCAAGGGCCUUGCCAGUAAGGCACAAGAAACUCCACGCAUCACCCUCCUUGUUCAGCAACGGCUCUGGGCGUGAGCUUCUGUCGUCCGCGAUCGCUGUCACAUCUAUCGUCACCGACCUGCGAAACCUCGAGCUGGACUCCUACCUGCCAGUUUCGGGUGUCACUAUCAUAUUCCCCGCCAUGGUGAUCUGUCUCUUGGAGAUGAGGAAUGAAGAUCCUGUUUCGCGGCAGGAGGCAAGCAUCCGCUUUGCCACAUGCAUGAAGGUCAUGGAAAGUUUGCAGGAGACAUAUGUCGCGGCUGAUGUUGCGAUCAAGUACUUCAACGCCGCGCUAGAGAAAUCUGACUUGAAGCCACCGGUAAUGCCGCUGCAAGAAAGUGUGGAAUCUCCUAAUUAUCUAUAUCCGGACAACCUUUCUUCUGACGGUGUACGUGAGGAUACAGCUACCUCGCAGAUGAGAGUCGACUUGCUAUGCAAGGCAAGCUUUGAUUCUGCCGUAAUGGGUACCGGCAUUUGUGACGAAAAUGGUCAUGUUGUAACACAAGAUGAGCUGGGCAACGUUAAUUUCGAAGUGGAUGCUCUCACCUGGUCGGAUCUCACAAUGGACUGCGAGGAGUGGACUGAACCAUCUACAGUUGUUAUGGCACAGGUAGAGGAUACGUCAGUAACAGCUGACCAAGUUCCUGUGUGAGUAUGAUUACCAUCAAAACAAAUUCAUGGGGGUUUAAACGAAGUUUACUCUCUCUGAUCUGCGCACAUCGCUAUACAACCAGAGCAGCCCAGUGCUAGAGUGCACAAUGUCCUGCCUCAAAUCAGCGCAAAGCAAUACCAGCAGCGGGAUACAACCAGACC